AUGCCACCUAAAAAGGUACCAAUUUACUGUCUAGUCCACGGGGAUCCAGAAGUUUCUGUAUUCGGGAUUAAAUAUGAUAAGAAUACGACCGUUGACGAUUUAAGAAAAGUCAUAUGGAAGGAAGAAGUUGAGGUUCCCGAACAUGUAAAAGCAAAGGACCUCACUUUAUAUCAAGUUGAUAUCGAUCUUAAUACGCAAAACCCCCAAAGAACCGCUCUCACAGAUCCAAAUGCCAACAUUGCGAAUGAUUUAGGUGGACAGUUGUUGAUGCCUACAAGAAAAGUUGAAGCAAUCUUUACUACAGCACCUGCCGACAAUCACAUUCACAUCAUUGUCGAGGUACCUGAUGCUACUAAUAGAGGAUCUGCCAAUGAAGAAAUGCGCAAUGAUAUUAAAGAAAUGAAGAAGGAUAUUAAAGAUAUGAAGAAAGAGAAAUCUGAAGUCAACAUAUCAAGUGUAAACUAUGAGAGUUGGGAAAGGAUUCAAUCAUAUCUUGGUCUUGAUUACGAAGCAAUGACAGAUCUUGACAUAGAGUUGACUACGGAGAGGACUAAUGCUUUUCAAUGGAGCGAUCUUACGGAAAGAGCACAAAGAGACGGGGAACAGGGUUACUUAAAUCAUCUCAGAACGUUACUCCAAAUAGCCACAUUUCGGGGACUCGGGCUUUGUGAUGCAACCAACGAAACCUCCCUCCUUAGUACAGGCAAUGAUAUCCUACCAAUUAAACUCUCCGAUACAACAGAUGUAGCCAUAGUAGACAUGCAUUCUAUUGCUCUCCAAAUGCCAGAGAAACAUAUCCGAAUUCUUUUUGAGUUAAAGAAGGCUAUUGUAAAAGCAGAUACGUAUCAAGUUAUGGCAGAAUUAAUAACUGCAGACUUGAAAUCCAUAUAUUCUGUUUUGGCAGUAUUAACCGACCUCAAUGACGAUUGGCGUUUUUAUUGGCUAGAGGAGGGAAGGAUAAAGGCACUCAAACUUCCCAGAGAUUCGGCUGUGGCACUCAUAAAACAUAAUAUGAGUCUGGCGGACCAGGAAUUGGAUCAACAGGAAGCAGAAAUAGAAGAACCAUUGCCAAAAAGAAUGAAACUUAAACACAUUGUGGCUCCUAAUGUAAGUUCAGAUAUAGCUCCAAUGGAAGAUUUUUUUGAUACUAUGACCGAAGAAGAAAUAUUCAAAUAUAAAACAAAGCGAAUGCUAACACAAUUUUUUAGCCAGCCGAUCUUUAACGACAUCCAAAAAAAAUUACCCUUGCAAGCUGAUGCUGAAAAUAAUGGAUUAGAUUAA